AGCUGAAGGAAGUGACUGCGCGUGGGACCCCAUUCAUUUGACUCAUUGCCCGAUGUCUAUUACAGAGGAGAUCUUUUCCAAAGCCCGCCAAUGGCGAAGAUCGCCAACAACCCGACACCGCACUCGGAAUUAACCCGCAAUGAACUGUCGUAAUUCGAGAGGCGUGUUUGUCUCCUGCGUCAAACCCGAUGGCUCCUUACAGGGUAGGUAAAGUGGCGUGCCUGAGGGUGAAAAGGGUUAGACAGACCAAAAAGCAGGAAAGCAGAAAAACAAAUGAUCUAGUACAGCCGGGAUCCUCAUCUCUUUAUCCCCGGUAUUUAUCAUAGGUAAAGUACAGACAAAAAUACCCAGAAUAACUCCAAGUCUUCUCGAAAAUCAAGAGAUAUAUCUCUAUGUACACCACGGCCAUGGGUAAAUCAUCAUUACACAAAUUGGCCAUGUGGUUCCGUCGUCUCUAUUCACGGAAAAGUGGCAGCGCUUCUCAUGCAAAUACAACGGCCGUCGGAACAUCACCAAAGCAGGCGUCGAUGAUCUCAUGCGACGCUGAAGUGGCACACUACUCGCACCACACACGCCUCAUAUUUAAGCCGUGGAGGACCAAAGGCAGCCCCUGCCACAGCUAUACUGCGUCUAUACCGAGGACUGGUGUACCUACAAGUGAGGAAUAUAAUAAAAUGGUAUCUGGAGUUCCAUACAAAACUAGCUGUCCCCAGCUACGAGCCAAAAAGAUCGAAGUGCGUCAAUUCUGCGCGAAAUAUAACGUUGACGACCAAGUGGUGGCAGACCAGACCGGUUCCAGGUACGAGCUGUGGCAGAAUAUGCGUGAAGAGCGAGAGAAAAUGCUUCGCACAAUUAUCGGGAGUGUCGGUGAAGCACCCCUCCUUGAUCCUCCAUUCAACUUUAGCUACGGCUGUAAUAUUGUCCUUGGAGACAAGGUUUACGCCAAUGUCAAGUCUGUCUCCUCGUGCUCUUCUUGAAUUAGCGAAACUGACAUUUGUGGGUAAUAUAGUCUACGCAUCAUAGAC